UGGCCACCAUUCUGCAUGUCCCAUAAUAUGGUACAUUUUGUCUAAAACUAGUCUUCCAAAUAUGCCCUAAAUAGUUUUUCUCUCCAAUUUUGAUUGAGCUCUGCUUGGGCCCAUUUAAAGUUGUCGUCUGGCCCAGUUCGGCCCAACAUGGCCUGCCAUCACCGUCUAUGUGUGAUCUUGCGGAUAUAAUUUUUUUCGCUCCCCUGAUUAUAGGAAUAUUAGGAAAAGGGUUCUUGUUUCCCUCAAAACACCCAAAAGGAAAAGGGUUCGUGUUCGCCGGAGUCACGACGGCGCAGUGGCACGGCCACGGCCGCGCUACCCGCCUGUGUUCCUAAAAUCACCAGACCUCCCCGCACCGCGCCACCAUGCCAUGAAGUCCGAGGCGUCGAUCGCCCAUCAUCUUGGCCCCGUGGUGCAGGUAUCGUGGGCUGCUUGUUUGGUCUGACCACGCGAGGCGUCGAUGGAGGGCGGGGGCGGGGGCGGGGGCGGGGCGCCGGUUUCGCCUACUGCGGGCGGCGCGCGGCGGCACAAGGUGCUCGCGCCGUGGCGCUUCCAAAUCGGCUUCGUGCGGCGGGAGAUGAACGCGGGCGUUGUUUCCGAUGGGAAGCAGGGCGCCUUGGAGACGCCCCAGAUGAGCUGCCAGACGGCGACGAGUGACGUGCCCUCCGUCUCCCUGAAUGACGGAGGCGGCGUGGAUGGGGAGAGCCCCGCGGCCGAUGGGGAAAACGAGGUUCCGAAUAACAGAGGUGCCGGCGCGGUCGACGGAGCGAAUCGCGGUUUGGGUGGUGUCGACGGCAAUCCGGCUGCCAAAGAGGGCGAUUCGCUACCCAAAGAUGGCGAAUUUCUUGUGGACCUUGAGAACGACGGGGUCACAGCAGAUCCCCAUGGGAUGGCCAAACCUAGCGAUCUCCCGGGUUUUCAGAACAAUGGCCCUACCGAGGAGAUCAAUUUGGCAGUGAACAACUCAGAGGGUUUCGUGACCAGUGAGGGCACUGUACCAGGUUGCAGAAAGGGGCGCAAGACUGUUGUGCCAUGGAGGUUCCAGAUCGGGCACCAGCCCAAGUGGUCACAAAAUUUGUUCUCAGGAAAUAGAUCUAAUGGAAAAGCUGAAGAUCCAACAUCCAAGGUCGGAGAUCGAUCAAGAAAGGAUGCUCCUGCCAUGGCACGCAAUCACUCUUGUCUCAAAGGUUCAGCUACUAGUGGACAAUCUUCAGUGAGAAUUCCUAAAGGAACUGGUUCAGCACCAAAGAAGAGGAAAGUUGACAAGGAUGACCAGUAUGAAGCGACGGUGAAUAACAGAAUUUCUGUGGUCAGAGAAAAUGUAUUGACUACAUUGCGGGCGUUUCGGAUAAUUUACGAGAAGCUCCUGGAGGAAGAACAGAUCAAGUGGAGGGAAAGGGGGCAUGGUCUGAGCCCUGAUCUUGCAGCUUUCAAUAUUUUUAGGAAGAGAUUUUGUGCCAAUUAUGAUGACCUUAAGUAUGACGGAAGCAUUCCUGGAGUUCGUAUUGGUGACGUGUUCAAUUCUGUCAUGGAGCUUUACAUUGUUGGUAUACACCGUGCACAAUCGUUACCAGUUGAUCACAUAAAAAAGAAGGAUGGGACGUGUCUAGCUGUUAGUGUUGUGUCGUAUGCUCAACCUUCUGUUUUUGAUAGUUUGGAUUUCCUGUUACAUGUUGGAUCAGUGACUGACACGUGUGAUCAGGAAAUGGAAGGAACUGACUUGGCACUAAAAGAGAGUAUGGACACUGAUACGCCUGUCCGCGUUAUCCAUGCAGUGGUAACGGACCUAGGUGAUGACUGCCAACCCAAACAGCUUACUAGUUAUGUAUAUGGUGGUUUAUACUUGGUUGAGAAAUUCAACAGAGAAAAAACAUCGGGAAGUCAGUAUGUUAGUAUUUUUCAUCUAAGAAGAAUGACAGGGCAGAAACACAUCGACCUACAAGUUUUGAAAACUAAAAUGCCGGAAUCAUUUGCUGGCACUUUCAUUAUAGACAUAUCUGGAGGUCUUGAGAAGGUUCCUAUUUCUGCUAUUAACUCUAUAUCAAACGAGUACCUGACAACAUUUCACUACAUUUCACAAAUACAGUAUCCCCUAAAGUACAGGCCAGAUCCUCCAUCAGGUUGUGACUGUGUUGGUGGGUGUUCAGUCUCUCAAAAAUGUGCAUGCGCGGUAAAAAACGGUGGGGGCUUCCAUUUCAACGAUAUUGGUGGACUUACGGAAGGAAAACCUCUUAUUUAUGAGUGUGGGCCAUCAUGCAAGUGCCCUCCUACUUGUCGCAAUAGAGUUAGCCAGCAUGGAAUCAAGUUUCGCCUCCAGGUCUUCAAAACCAAGUCAAUGGGGUGGGGAGUAAGAACUCUUGACUUCAUACCAGAUGGAAGUUUUGUAUGCGAAUACGUAGGAGAGCUAUUGACGGAUGAAGAGGCCCAGGAGAGAAAGAAUGAUGAAUACCUAUUUGCUAUUGGGAACAGCUAUUAUGAUGCACCUCAUUGGGAGGCCGAGAUCAAGGCUAUUCCCUCUCUUCAGAAUGGCCCUAUUGAAGAUGAUGAAACUGUCUUUGCAGUUGAUGCAUUGAACCAGGGCAAUUUCGCAAGGUUCAUCAACCAUUGUUGCACCCCGAACCUUUUCCCGCAGAAUGUCCUCCAUGACCAUGACAAUAUAAGUAUGCCUCACAUCAUGUUUUUUGCUAGUGAGGAUAUUCCUCCCCUUAAAGAGUUAUCGUAUGAUUACAAUUAUCAAAUAGAUAAGGUUUAUGAUUCUGAUGGUAACAUUAAGAUGAAAUAUUGUUUUUGUGGGUCUAAUGAAUGCAAUGGACGGUUGUAUUAAAUCAAUCCUAUGAUUACAAUCAUCAAAUAGUUUAUGGUUUAUGAUUCUGAUGAUGAUAACAUUAAGAUGAAACCAUGUUUUUGUGGUUCUAAUGAAUGUAAUGGACGGUUGUAUUAAACUUAGUUCCUUUGUUUUUGUGGACACCAUGUUAUGAAUGUAAUGGACGGUUGUAUUAAAUUUAGUAACUUUGUAUUUGUGGGCGCCAUGUUUUUUUUAUCUAUUGAGAUUACUUUCUUGGUUUAGAUGAAA